CCAACAGAGUGGACCAAGGGGUAACUGGGUAUUGAAGUCUGCACAGUGGAACUUGUGAUUUGUUUUAUUACAAUUUCACAAUGCCCGUUUCAAAUGUAGUGUACAUCGUGUUGGUUUUGAGUGUUGUCGUUAGUCUUAUCGAUGCCGACGAUUGCGAAGUUUGUGUGAGUUUUCUAGAGCGGCUGUAUAAAUCUCUGGUUGACGCACACUCAGAGCUGAGCAAUGCUCUAGUGGAGGAGAGCCUCACGGAGGCCUGCGCUAGGGCCACGGGGAAAGACAGCCGCCUGUGCUACUACCUGGGAGCAUCCACUGAUGCUGCAGCCAGAGUGACAGGGGAAGUGACACGCCCCCUAAGUAACCAUGUCCCGCCCACUAAGAUCUGCGAGAGGCUGCAGAAGAGAGACAGUCAGAUCUGUGAGCUGAGAUACGAGAAACCCGUGUUGGACUGGAGUAGGGAUGCCCUGGCCAAGAUGCGCGUGCUGGAGCUGAAACGCCUGCUGUCCUUGUGGGGGGAGGAGUGCAGGGCUUGUCUGGAGAAGGGUGAAUUUAUCGACCUGAUCCAGCAGGUGGCACCAAAACACAGCGCCGCUGCCACUCACCACCAGCACCAACAAUACAACACACAUACAGCAGAGCUCUGAUGGGCCCCACGGCGCAGCUCCGCCACAGGGACCAGUUGCCAGUAGAUCCCAUGGUCUCACUGUGCAGCUCGGAGAGGGAAGGAAGGAAAUGGCAUGCCUUGAAAUGCUGCUUCUUCCCCAUCUUCGGGAGCCCCGAAAGCAUCUGUGGAUUAAAGAAAGGCAAUAAUUACAGUAUAUAUUUUUUCCUCUA